CACAUCACUACCUACCUACUCGAGAAUUCUAGAUCAUUUUGAAAAAAAUACUGCACCUAUUUGAAUUUGAGCUUGAAAAUGUGUUUGAGUUUUAUAGUAAUUUUCUCAUUGACAUUUUUCGUGAGUCAAGCCGAUGACAGUGGACUUCCUCAAGUUGAAGUGAUACAUGACCCAUCCGGAGUCGAUGUUUUCUGCCUGUUCUCCUUCAGUCGAUUUUCUAAAAGUUCAACCUUCACCAAAUUGGUACCAAAUGCUAAAAGAAUUGGUGUAGCUCGAUUACCACAUCAUAGACUGGAUUUCAAUUACUAUUCCAAAGAAGCGAAGGGUAGUUUAUCAACCCCCCUUCCAGAUUGUGGGUAUGAAGUUUGGGGAGCCAUUUACCACAUACCAAUUCAAGAUUAUGAUCUUGUUGACAAAGUAGGUGGCAUAGUGAAUAACGAACGAGCAUUCAUAUUAGUUCCAAAAACUAUCGAAGCAUACAUCGAUGGAAAUACUGAAACUUAUGUGAACAUGAAAUGCGUCUCAUUCGAACAACUAUAUCUACCGGAGAAGUUGAUUUAUGGUCUUCCAUUACCUGAAAAUCGAAGACCUUCGAAGCUGGUACUCGAUAGAAUGGUUGACGCAUUUAUUGAUGCUGGUUUACCAGAAAAAUAUAUUGAAGAAAUAUCGCAGUUGCCUAUUCGAAGCACAGAUGACUCUUCAUCCGUUAAUCAAUCGAAACAGAAUUGAAUUCGGUGAAAUACUGUUAACAGUCUUGAAAAAUUGCCACAAAUCACUACACUUCACUUCAUAAUCAUGUAUUCAUGUAUCAUAGUAACAAAAAAAAUUAAUAAACCUUAUGCAUAGCACA